AUGGGCGGAAAUCAUGGAUCCCCCGAUACUUCCGCCAUAGGAGGGGUGUUCGUCGAGAUCAUCUUCUCUAUGAUCGUAUACGGGUUCACGCUCGCUCAGACAUUGUAUUAUUUAUGGAACUACCCAGGCGACAGCAUUGGGCUCAAGAUUAUGGUUAUUGUACUAUGGGCCUUGGAUACGAUCAGAGCAAUGCUCGUGACCAACGACGAAUGGUGGCACUUGGUUCGGAAUCAUGCCAACGCAACCGCUCUUGAGGAGUUACAAGGCUUCUUCAUUCACAACAUCUGGAAGCUCAUGGCACAGAAGAGCGGUCAACUUGUGCUGACAUCCAUUGCCGUCACUUUCACGGUGCUCUCUGCAGGUAAACGUUUUUUCGUCUGCUCGCAGGAGUCUACUAACAACAUCUCUGCGUACUAUAUAGCGGCAGGCUUCGUCUUCGCCUAUGAAUCUACUAUCAACAUAAGUAUAUCUAUACGCCUCUCCGCUGUGAUACCAUCGGGCAGCGUUCAAGCUAUCGCCGCACUCCUUACUGAUCUCUAUAUCACCGUUUCACUAUGUCUCAUUUUGCAGGGCGCAAAGUCCCACACCGCCGACGGUGCCCAUACCGUGCUUUCCAGAUUAAUCAUCUACACAGUCAAUCGCGGACUGCUCGUUGUUGUCGUCCAAUUUGUACAAUUCAUCACGUAUAUUCCACAAUGGCACGACAUCCAUAUGAUCGUGGAUAUGUUUCACCUGCAUGAGCCGUCAUGUACCGUGUAUGUCAAUGCACUUCUUGCUGUACUCAACGUCCGCCAACACCUGAGGGAGAAGCACCGGGCGAUCUCAUGGCUCUGGGAGAAACCUCCUGGCAUCAGCAUCAGCGAAGACCUGAUCCACGGCGAGCGCGAUACUGCGCACACAGACGUGACUUCCCCGUCGUCUAGCUUCUUCUCACUACUUGGGAGGAAACGCAGGCACACUUUGGUGGCGCUCGAUAUCCUGGUAACAAGGGAGGUGAUCGUCGAUGGCCAAUUGAGCACCUUCGAUAGCGACGCCAUGACCGCUUUCGAAGGUCCACGCUUCUUUGGAAGUCUGUCGGGGGACAAGCCUCUCAGUCGGAGCAGGACUGUAUAGUUAGACACGGCAGCGCGCGUUCUUGUUGUACGGACUUGCAGAAGCAUCGAUGCCGACUGCUCAUUCUUGUGUCACAUGGUAUAUAUCCCGUUGCAUCUAUUCGCAUCUAUAUUCCACGACAAGGACGCAAAGCAAUCGAUACAGGGUAUAGCAAGCAUACAUGUAGGCCAACGUUACACUGCGACGGGUAUGAGUACAACAAUACAUUCCUUCAUUCAUCUCUUCGUAAUCACGUCAUUGGAUCCGUCAGAAGUCAUCUUCGCCCUCGUCAUCGUUCCACCCGACGGCCUCCAGCGCCGCCUCUCCUUCGUCGUACAGCUUGUCGAGCCCUGUCAACUCCUCGAGGAAUUUCUGCUCGUUGAAUGCCUUGAGGAGCAUCUCGAAUCCCUGCGUCUCGUAUGCCUUGAUGACCUAUACUCAGAACGUAAGCACAAAGCCGGCAGCACGCACCGCC